AUGGAUCUUGCAAAAGAACUUAUUAGUAUGUUUACAACUAGUGAAAUGGCGAAAGUAUUCUUUACAUGCAGUGGUUCAGAAGCAAAUGACUCUCAAGUCAAGCUAGUAUGGUAUUAUAACAAUGCAUUGGGGAGGCCAAAGAAGAAGAAAAUCAUUGCACGAUCACAAUCAUAUCAUGGAACAACAUUCAUAUCGGCUAGUCUAUCUGGUCUUCUUGCCAUGCACCAAGACUUUGAUCUACCAGGAAAUUUUGUUCUGCACACAGACUGCCCUCACUACUGGCGUUUCCAUCUCCCUGGUGAGACGGAAGAAGAUUUUGCAAGUAGAUUAGCCAAUAAUUUAGAGAAUCUUAUCCUCAAAGAAGGACCAGAAACGAUUGCUGCCUUCAUUGCUGAGCCAGUGAUUGGUGCUGGUGGUGUCAUCCUUCCUCCAAAGACAUAUUUUGAGAAGGUGGUUCCACAUGUUAUAAUUUAA